CUCCUUGAUCUCGAAGAUGAUAAUUAUGAGGAACUAUGCGUCGAGUUUUCAGUACCUCCACCCUCGUCAAGACCCAUACCCUCAUCGGCCAUCAAGUGUGCCUGGUCAUGUUCCUGUUGGGAGGGGAAUGUCGCAUAUUGUGCUACGACGGGUUAGCUAGAGCCUUAGGAGUUGAAGCCAAACAUGAGGAAGAAUGGGAGGAAGACGCCAUCCGAAGUUGCGACAUGAAUUCCGCAUUUCGGAAGUUCUGCCUCCCUGAGCACCGAAGGACAAAGUUUAGGUCAGCCCUCACAGUAGCAUCUAAUCCAGCUCCAGUGGCGUGUCAUCAUCGCACUCCUGGCUCGUUCCCUCUACUCGACUUGCACUUGGGUUCAGUCGUGGCCACUUCUUUUGCCAGGGCCAUGGGGGGCAAAGGUUGUUAUAUCACAUCGAUGGGUCCCUACAUCACCCGCUUGCUCGCUACUUCAAUCUCAGCCUUGCGGGAUGCAUUAGGGAGGGACGCACCUCAGGGUUUGACGAGGGCACCUUGCACUCCAUGCGCUUAUUGCUCACCUUUGGACAAUUUCAGUACAUUUAGGGAUUGAGUCUACCUCUAGGGGUUCCACCCCCAGAGCAGCCACCUUCUCGAGCACCCAGUCGCCGCCAGCGUCCCGCGCUCUAGCGUCCUAUACCACCACCACCACCACCUGCUUUAGCAUCCACACUAGUCGGUGAUCCACUCGUCUAGAGGAUGGAUCGUCUCGAGAUCCAGUUUGGGGGAGUGACUUCCCGCCUUGACCGGCAGACCGACCUUUUUGAGCAGAUGGCUCGACACCAAGGUCUCAUUCCCGAUGAUGAGUUGGGGCCUUCGACCCAGUGAGAGUUAGCCGACGAGGGAGAUAUGUGGCAUAGCCGAUUCCUUUUGCCCCAUUACUCCACUUGGAACUCUGAACUCUUUUGUUUUAUUUUUCUUUCGUUUAUGUGUGUGUGACUAUAAACUACUACUACUAUCAUAUUGUGUUGUGAAAUAACCUCGCCUUCAGCAAGUCGUAUUGUGUUUGUGUGUGUGUGUGUUUGUCUUCUCCUUGAAGCUCCAAAUCUCCUACCCUGGAAACAGUUCCAACUUUCACUCACCAAGCAAAGCGGUAAUGUCAUUCUACCCAUAUCUUACGCCAUUGAGGGCAAUGUUGAGCUUAAGUGUUGGGGGGGGGGGGGGUAGUCUAUUAUUAUGCUUGUGUGAGUGUGAUUGAUGCUUGGAGCCUUGAUAUAUGUCCAACUUUGAAAAAUUUGAGGGCUCCAAGCAAUGUUUUAAUUAUCAAAGUGGCUGGUUUGUAUGAGAAUCUUGUGGUUAUUGGCAUUGACCUUGAAUUGUUGAAUGUGAUCAAGUAUGUCCAAUGAUGAUGACUGAGAGGUGCAUUAGGAUAGAGCAAAGGUUUAGUUCUCAUGUGUGCAAAAAUGAAUGUAUGUUUUGACU